AGAAAUGUUAUAAAUAUUUGAUACUUGUUCGUAAUCGCAUGUUAUCUCGAUUCCUCUUCUCUUACCUAUGCACAUAUACUCUAUAAGAUUAGUUUCAAACACUUUUGUCGAUUCGUCGACUCGUAAAAAUAAUAUGUUCUAGUAAAGUAAUAAAUUUAAUUCGCACUUCCAUAUUUUCCAACGUUCAUAUUAAUUCGCGCUUCCCGAACGCUAUCGCUGGCGUCAUCUAUUAUACUAGUUGCUAACCAGUGUCUGAAUCGUUUGCAAAGAAACAUUCUGCAGUAAAAAUGCUUUAAAUUUCAACUAAAAUGCGUUCAUAUAAAAGAUUUUUUCGAGAUAAUAUUUUCGAGGGAAAUGAGUAGUUGUAAAUUGAGCGGGAACAACGACGCGAAUAACGACACGAUAGCGACAUCUAUUUUUAGUAAAGGAUAUUCUCGAAAUAUCGUGAUUAUUGGCAAUGUAGUUGUUGAUGGUCGAGAAGUUGUACCUCGUGUUAAGAUAUUUUAGUUUCUCGUAAAGUAGUUAUUAAGAUUUAAAUAUGCCGGAUCCAUUUGAAAUAGUGGUAGGAACGUACGAGCAGUUCUUGCUCGGUUACAAAGUAAAUAAUAUCGUUAACGAGUAUAAAAUGGAAAGAACGUUUGCAACUCAUAAUCAUACGAGUAGCGUACGCAGCGUCGCAAGCGAUAAACAUUACUUAGCUUCUGGCGGCGCAGACGAUUCGGUUUACCUAUACGAUAUGCGGUAUAGGAUAGAGUCCGGCAGAUUAAUGCAUCACAACGAUACCGUUAAUUGCGUUGCGUUUACCCCAGAGGCAUCUCAUCUUUUUACGUGCAGCAACGAUGGAACUAUAGCUGCCAUUAAAUGCGGUAAUUGGCAAAUGGAAAAGCAUUGGCAGAAAGCGCAUAAAGGAUUAGGCGUUAAUACUUUAGCUAUUCAUCCGACAGGAAAAAUAGCUCUGUCUACCGGAGCAGACGGUAUUCUUCGAACAUGGAAUUUAAUUAAAGGAAGACAAGCGUACGCGACAAAUCUAGUACCAAGAUUAAAAUUGGACGCUAAAAACGUUAAUAUUCUUAAGUGGAGUCCAAACGGUGAAAAGUACUUACUCGCCGUUAAUCAAAGAAUAGACGUAUAUUCGGUAGAGUUGGCAGGGAUCGGUAGCGAAAUCAAAUUUAACGCAAAGAUAGUUUGCGUAGAGUUUUUGAGAGACGAUUUGAUCGCGGUUGGAUUGGAGAAUGGUCAAAUAAAAUUUUACGAUCUCGAAAAAUCAGUGCAAACCCUAGAAGCAAUUGCGCACGAUACCAGGGUUAAAUGUAUGGCUUUUAAGGACGACUUAUUAGUGACAGCUUCUAGUUCUGGAGAAAUUAAGCUUUGGAGGUAUGGUAAGCAUAAAUUACGCAUGUUGCAAAACGUUAAUUGCGGUGCCAGAAUCACUUGUUUGUCCCUCGCGAUGCCGUACAAAAGUCUGUACGACGACGCGACGAUUAAAGCCGAAGAGGAAGUAGAGGUUCCGAGGAAGAACAGAUUUAAAAUUGGCCAAGAAGUUAUCGUUGAAAAGGAGGAGAACGAUUGGGAAAUAAGUUCGAUCAGCAAAAAGAAAAAGUCGAAGAAAAAGAGGAGCAUAGAGGAGGGACAAGACUCGAAUGCGCCGGAUAAAAAGAAAAAUAAAUCAUUAUUAAAAAAGAAAAAAAGCGAAGACUUAGAUACGAUCAUUUCGGACGAUGCCCCGAAAAAGAGAAACAGGUUGUCGGAGAACGAGAACGGAAAUGUUACUUGGAAUAAAAAUAAGCGAAGAAAGAAACGAUCGAUACCCGUCGAAGAGAAUAAUAAUAUACCUGCUAAGAAGUUGAAAUCAGCGAAGAAAAGUAUUUUAGAAUCGAAAGAGAUCGAUAACCAGGAUGUUCUGCGUCUAAAAAGAAAAAAGGAUACAAACGCGGAAGAGAGCGGAACAAUUUUGAAGAAAAAAAAGAAAAAACAAUGAAUCUUAAAUGAACGAUGGCGACAAGGUGGCCGCGUUCAACUCGUUAAAUUGUAUUCGCAUUCCGUAUUCCGUAUAAUAUUUAUGGAAGGAAAAAUUGAAUAGAAAAAUAUUUGAUGUUGAGUUACGCGUUAGUUCCUAAAAGUUACAAAUAAGUCUGCUUAGAAUCGAAGGAAAUAUCUAUAUUAGAAAUAUGUAUAUUCGAGAGCGUGCGCGUUAAAAAGCGCGUACAGAGUCGUCCGCACGGUCCAAGCUCGGCGUAUUCGGUUACCACAAAAUACACUUGCGAGGCGGAUUCAUCGGGCUUCCAACAGGACAAUUCCAUGCUCUGGCGAAAUCCUGAUUGUUCGAUAAGGUUCCGAUGACUCUGAAGUGAUUAGGCGCGUGUACUCCUUCGAUUAAUUUCGACUUUAACGCGCCGUUCGUAUAAUUACCGCACCAUACCUGUAGCAGAAAUACGCUUAUUUCCACUUGACAAGAGAUUAUUACGAACAUACUCGAUAGAGUUUUUAAUUGUUUUUUUUUUUUUAAACGACCAAGGUUUUUCAAUAAACACAUUU